AUUUUAUUUACUUUCUUCUGAAACUUUUCUGAACUGCUGGAUUCUACAUAGAACCUACUCACUCCAAAGUCUUGGGACCACACAAAACCAAUUCGCCUCCAGCCUAGUCGACCUGAAGGCUUCAAUCUGGUGAUCAGACAGUCACUAUGGCAGGAGUCCCCGAGAAAGCUCGAUUCUUUCUCGAGCAAGCUGUUCCCCAGCUACGCGAAUUUGAGGCCAAGGGCAUAUUCACCACCGACGAGAUCCGUUCGCUAGUGCGAAAGCGUACCGACUAUGAGCACCUUGUACUGUCGCCUGGAAACAAACCGACCGAUUGGUUAAACUAUGCCGCUUGGGAGAAAUCCCUCGAAACCCUACGCGCGAAGCGAUGUCGUAGAUUACAGGUUCGCACUUCAUCCAAACACACGGGGCAAGGACGGGUUUUCGGGAUCCUGGAGCGAGCAGUGAACAGGCACCCAGGGAAUAUCGAACUCUGGAGGGAAUACUUGAAUUAUGCAAGAGAUAUGAAGGCGACCAAACGUUACCGAAAGAUCAUAAGCAGGGCAUUAAGAAUGCACCCUGCGAAACCAGAGCUCUGGGUACUGGCGGGUAGGAGGUCAGCAAAUAAUGGAGACAUGCAGGGGGCAAGGGACUUUUUUAUGCGCGGCACUAGGUUUUGCACGAAAGAUGCGACAAUCUGGCUUGAAUACACCAAGUGCGAAAUGCAGUGGCUAGAACGGAUGGAUGCUAAGAGAGAGAAGAAAGGCGGCGCCAAAAAAGCGAUCCAAGAACAGGCUGAACAGAGUGAUGAUGAAAUAAAAUUCGCCGAAGAGAGGAGCGAUGAUGACGACGACGACGAUGUUGAUGAGAAUGGCCAGCUUGUUCUCCCAGAUCCAGGAAACUUCGCUGGGAAAAUGGUUAUUGACGAAGACACCACGAAGAAGUUGGAAGGCACCUCGGAGGGCAACCCUGCGCUAGAUGGAGCUAUCCCCUUAGCUAUAUUUGACAUCUCAAAGAAGCAAUCGUUCUUCAACUCUGCGGUAGCGGAGCAAUUCUUCGACCUCUUCACUACUUUCAAUACCGUUUCCGCUCAAGCUCGACUCGUCCAACAUGUACUAGACAGUAUGACAGAGCUUUAUCCCAACGAUCCCGCAACAUGCUUCUGUUAUAUCCGACAGCCAUUGGUUAAUGUCGGCAUAAAUACACCUUCGUAUCCUAAAGCUCUACGGGAAGCGCUAGCCAAUCUCAAGUCAUCUCUUUCCACCACCACCGACAAGACUAAACUGAUCGAGAAGGUGGAAUUGUGGAUAGAGCCUAUCCUAGCUUCUGAAGAUCUCGAUACGGGUAUCCGUACAGUGCUGGAGUAUACCCUUCGAACAUUACCUAAGCCUUAAUAAGAACAAAUUACCCCCGAGACUCUAUUUCACAUCUUAUAGGACCUUAUUGGGUCUCGCCGCCUCGCUGCUUUACUACAUCCAUUAAAUACUCAAAUUCAGAAGCGCUCACGCGGCUCACGCUUAGCCGGCUCUGUUUCAGCAUCUGCAUAUUCUCAAGCGGUUGACCUGACUGGCCCAUCUCACGAAGUUCCUUCAGUCCGAUCUGUUUGUUGAACUUACUGCGGAACUUG